AUGGACAACAAUCAAAAGAGCGGAACCCUCCCCUUCUCCGUCGUCGCUCAUCUCCUGAACUUCAACUCCCGACCGUCUCUGUCCUUACAGCCCCCCCGCCAUGUAGACCCUGAUCGCUACACUCUCAACCUCCUCAACAGCAAAAGGCGAGUGUACGAGACCGUUGUUGACAGAUUGCAGAGUGGGCCAGUCAAGCGCGGAGUUGUUGCUGGUGGCCGCCGUUCUGCUCCUCGCGUCGCCGCCAAGUCAUCAUCGGCGUCAUUAUUAUCGCUCCCUUUAUUAUUGACGGCGACAGAAACAAUUCCUCCAAAUUUCCACCACGUCUUUUCGACCGCUACCACUGCCAUUACAGCGACUACGGCGUCUACGAAUUCGAACAACCAGAGCAUAGACAAGGUGAAUGGUUCGCAGAUUAGCAUUGUAUCCAUGCCCGCGAUAACCUUCGUGCCUGGUUCAUCGGCAACGUCGACGACGACAGCAACCGGCACCAACGAUAACAAUUUACAGGCCUCCCUACGAUCAUUGACUAAGAAAUUCUCCGCCCCUCAAUUAUCGCAACCGACGUCUUCGUCCGCCGGUGCGCUCGACGUUCAGGAGCCGGUCACCCCUGCCGCGACAACCUCGAUAGCCCGCCGAUUCAAACAAUCGCCGCAGGGAGAGGACAACACGUCGGAGCAGAACUUGUCUUCUGAAGAUACGCAACGGACGUCGAUAUUUCGAAGACUUUCGCCUGGUCUUGCGGCUCGAGUGAAACUCCUCAGCGGAUCGACUGAUCCCGGUAAUAACGGCCUGGGAAAAAAUAAUAAAGGCGCGGUAGGCAAGAUCCCAGAACACCACUUGCGAGAGCUGGAAAACCUUCACCAAGAUUUAUCCAUAAAGGUUGAGAAACGUGGCCGGGCCUGGCCAGGGUUGACAAUCAAGCGAGAAAGAAGUGCCCCUGACUUAUUGCAAUCACCUACAAAGAAAGAGACCAGCACAGGCCUUGAAGCACAACAAAGAACUUUUCAGCAACCACUUCUCACCCCCGACAACGAAUCAUUCCCAGACCGACGACGAUUUUCCACCGCUGACGCCACCGAACCACUCGCCGACGCCCGCGACUCCGUAGACGGGGUUGCUGCGUCGACGAUGACGACGGUUGAAGCAUCCGCAAGGGCUGAUGUACCCAGCUCCAUACUACAAGAUGUCGAACCAGUACAGGAAGGGUCGACUGACCUAGAAGAAUACCUCAGACGCAGCACACUUGAAGAUCAGGCCCCUCCGCCUCCACCGAAAGAUACUCCUCCCGUGCCCACGACGCCGUCUUCAACCAACAUGCAAUCUUAUUUCACCAGUCCUUACAAAUUGAAUAGAGCGGAGUCGAUAUUUUCGUUCUCUCGAGCGUCCUUUAGCAAUCAGUUGUCACAGCUUACGUCCAUCAACUUGCCACAACCUGCCGCUCUGGAAGCGAGCAUUACCUCCAUUAUUAACGCACCUACGGCAGUCAGGGCUCUGGCCGGUGCAGCCGAGCAGAUUGAGAAAUGGAUGAACAAAGCAUCGGACGUCCUCAAUGGGCUUGAUGCCGAGGAUGACGUUGAAUGGGCUGCGGCCGGUGGACGAGAAGGGCUAGAAGAAGUGGAUAAGGCUGUUGUCAAAUUUGAGAGUCUGGUUGAUGUCUAUGUCAAAGCAAUUGAAAAUGUCCAGUUACGUGACGAUAUUGAUGAUGUUCGCGCUGACGAUUUGAAAUUGAUUGUUGUUCAAAUGGAUACGACUUUGAAGAAUUGGGCCAGCAUACGGAAAUUUCUGAGAGGUGUCAAGGAACAAGUCGAACUGGCCAUGGAAUGGGAAGAGUUAUGGAACAAUGUCCUUGGUGAUGUUGGUCUUGAAAUUGAUAACCUCAGCAGAUUGAUCUUUGAGAUGGAGGAAAAACGUCACAAAUCGCUUGUUCCCAACUCAGAGGCAGAGCAAGGUAAUGGUCUUGAUAUCAAUGAGCUUGAGACUAUCGUGGAAGAGUCUCCUCUCAAUGGCACGCCGUCGGCAGCAACCAAGCGGUUGAGUUUGGCUUUGUUUCCCGCAGCCGAUCCUUCCAACGCCGCAGGUAAUAGCAAUCCACAGGAUGAUGCAAACCUUAUGCAGCUAUUUGCUCGUAUGCAACCGUUGAGAGCGUCUUUGGACUUUCUUCCUAUGAGACUAUCGAUGUUUCAGACACGAGCGGAAAAGCUAUUUCCUACCGCUUGCGAGGAACUCGAGGACAGGCGGAAGCGACUUGAGACGACUUACAAGAAGCUGGAAGCUGAUGCAGAAGCUUUGCGACGUGAGCUUGGAGAGGAUCGAUGGAUUCUUGUCUUCAGAAAUGCCGGCAAACAGGCGCAAAAGAUGUGUGAUUCGGUUGAGCGCAGUAUUGGCAAGCUACAAGAGUCUUUAGAGUCAGGAGAGGCUGUGAACAAUCCAACGGCACUUGCCAAGAAGGUUGAGAGCUACGAAGCCAAGAAAAUCCAUUAUGUACCGGCCAUUGCACGUGUGAUGUCGAUCAUUCAGAAAGGAGUCAACGACCGCCUGACUGUCAAUGGCGAGGUUCUCACAUUGCUUUCGGAUAUGAACCAGCGAGUCGAUGCCCUCAAGGCGAGUAUGAAAGUCAUGGAUACGGUUCUUGAAGAGACGUCGAUUUCUCGAGGCCAACAAUUGCGCGAUUCGAUCUCGAGUAUCAUUACGACCGACAGUCCUGCCAACACUAGCCAUUUCGGUACCCCUGGCAGCUCGCCUGCUUCAUCUGUGAUCAUGACUGGAUACACCGGCGGACUGCGGACACCCAACGCAGGAGCGAAUGGUGGAUCUAGUAGACGGGGUAGCUCGGUUGGCAGCACAUCUCGAUCAGCCAUUGCUAGCUCGCGACGGUUGUCAGGUAUUCCGACAGCAGCUACAGGCAGUCGCAAAUCAUCAGCUGUACUGGCUGUACAUUCACCACCGUACUCUUCGACCACACCAACACCUGCGUCACGCACUAGUCGCAUACCAACGACACCAGCGAUCAAUCGACCACGAUGGAAUGCCAGCACUAAUACCGCUGAUCUUGACACCGGCCACAAUUUUAAACUGACACCUCCCUCUACGUAUCGGCAGAACCAUCUCGUUUCAGGUCGCACGUCGCGGUCUGUUUCUUCAUCUUUACCUGUCCCUAGCCCAUUGAGUCGGGCGACAUCCUCCUCACCUGUUCCUACCGGACGAGCGGGCAGUCGUGUUGGCUACCGUGCCAACAGUCGACUCGACGCAAUGUCACCACCAACGUCACCCACUUUAGCUGCGCGCUCAUUUUCUGCGUUCACGUCCUCCGCUCGUCCAUCCGUCCUAGAUCCUCCACCAUACCACAAACUGCGCAAAUCAACCGCGAACCUGCCAACAGGACUUCGCAAUCGACAAAGUUACGGUGGUCCAAUGACAAUAAAACAACCCGAGGAAGAAAAUCGUGCCACAAAUCCGACACGGCCGGGUACGUCACUCGGCCAUUCAGGUCGACGAACAAGUCUUCUACCUCCAAUCAAGAAUAGGAAUGGGCGGGAGAGUUCGGCGGGCCAAAAUAAGAGCAAACCUGAUGAACGACCUCGAUGGCGAUAG